AGCAGAACUUCACCGUUGCUUUUCCAAGUUUAUGUUCGUAGCAAAAGUUUAAUUAGUUGCAAUUUGAUAGCGAAAUAGAAGGGUUGUCCGUGUUCUUACCGAUAAGUGAAUAAGUGAAAGAGUCAACUCAAGACGAUUUUGGCCUUAAAAGUUAUAAGUAACCACAACAGUAACAAGAGUAACGCAAACACUGCCACCUUCAUAAUGCACGAUGAACGCCUAAAGGAUUUUCUUAAACCACUUGUGUUGACCGACUCACAGUUGAAUGAAGUCUACAAACGAUUCUGUAAUGAGAUAUCAAAAGGAUUGGACAAAAACACACACAGCCAGGCCGACACCAAGUGCUUCGUAACCUAUGUCCAGGAUCUACCCACUGGUGAUGAAGUGGGAAAGUACCUGGCAUUGGAUUUGGGAGGAACAAAUUUUCGUGUUCUCUUGGUUACACUUAAGGGCCACCAUGAAGCAGUUGUAGAGUCGGAAAUCUAUGCAGUACCAAAGGAAGUAAUGUUGGGAACUGGUGUGCAACUUUUCGAUCACAUUGCCCAAUGUCUGGCGACAUUCGUGGAGAGCCACAAAGUGGGUGCGGAAUAUUUGCCUCUGGGUUUUACAUUCUCCUUUCCAUGUGUUCAGCUGGGCCUAACCAAGGCACUAUUGGUUCGUUGGACCAAAGGUUUUCAAUGUGCCGGCGUUGAACAGGAAGACGUUGGACGUCUGCUGAAAGAGGCAAUUGUCCGUCAUGGUGGCUUAGAAAUUCAUGUAAUGGCAAUUUUAAAUGAUACCACAGGCACUCUUAUGUCAUGUGCCCAUCGCAAUCCUGAAUGUCGCGUCGGUGUUAUAAUUGGCACAGGCUGUAAUGCCUGCUAUGUGGAGCGGGUUGAAGAUGUCGAUCAACUAGAAGAGGAACUUAAAACCAACAAGAAAUAUGUGCUCAUCAACACAGAGUGGGGUGCAUUUGGUGACAGCGGCACAUUAGAUUUCGUGCGCACCGAGUAUGACAAAGUCAUCGAUAGAAAUUCUCUGAACGUUGGAACACAGCUCUUUGAGAAGAUGAUAUCUGGCAUGUACUUGGGUGAACUUGUGCAACAUCUCCUGAUCGAUGCCCUUAAAAAGAACUUGAUUUUUGUAUUGUCGCAAAAUAAGAACGAGUAUAUACAAAAGUUAUCGUCCAAUGCUUGUUUCGAGACGAGUAUGAUAUCUGACAUUGAGGCCGAUAAAUUUCCAGAAUGCAGAAAAACACGCGGCGUCAUUAAACAACUUUUUGGUGUGGAAAAGGCUUCUGUUGAAGAUUGUCAAAAAUUGCAAUAUAUAUGCGAAUGUGUGUCAAGAAGAGCAGCUUAUCUAGUGGCUGUGGCGUUGAGUGGUCUUAUAAAUAGAAUCAAUGAGCGGAAAGUAGUUGUUGGUGUUGACGGAUCUGUGUAUCGCUGCCAUCCCAAGUUUGAUGCAUAUAUGAGGGAGACAAUGCAGAAGCUGGUCAGAAGCAACGUGAAUUUUGAUUUAAUGCUUUCCGAAGACGGAUCGGGAAGAGGUGCAGCUCUGGUGGCUGCAGUUGCCAGUCGCGACAAUAAAUUGUUUUGUAAAUAAAUUCGCUUAAACAUCUAAGCCCGCCCAUUCAAAUUUA